AUCUGUGGGUAAACCAGUUAUCAAGAGGUGCCGGAUUGUUGUGUUUACAUUAUUCUUGGCUUCAUUAGCGUUUUCAGUGUAAAUUUGGUUUCCAGACACAAAGAAAUAUGUCUGCUAGAGGAGGAAAGAAGCGCCAAAAGGCGAUGUCUAAGUCGCAAAGAGCGAAUGUUACUUUUCCAGUAGGGCGAAUGCACCGGUACUUGAAGAUGGGGACACACCGCUUGCGUAUCGGAGUCGGCUCUCCGGUAUACAUGGCAGCCGUCAUCGAGUAUCUCACAGCUGAGGUCCUUGAGCUGGCUGGAAAUGCUGCAAGAGACAACAGGAAGGGGCGAAUCACCCCAAGGCACAUUUUGCUUGCAGUGGCUAAUGAUGAAGAGCUGCACUUGUUGCUGAAAAAUGUAACAAUAGCAUCAGGAGGAGUGCUUCCAAAGAUUCAUCCUGAGCUGUUGGCCAAAAAGAAAGGUGGCAAAUUUGUAAUGAGCAACAACAUGCCACUGACUGUGCCAUAUAAAAAACCAAUCGCCACAAAACCUAUGUCACAUCACAAGAAACCUUCACCGGCUGCACUUGGUGCUUCAAGCGGGGUCCGUGCUAAGAAACAGCCUUUAAGUCCAACAUCUGGUAAGACUGGUAAAGGGAAAGGCAAAGGCAAAGAUUCCAACAUUACUGUAGUCACACCAGCAAGUGCUAGUGUUACAACGUUGUCUGAAAAGAAACUCUUCCUUGGGCAAAAGCUUACUGUUGUACAGGGUGACAUAACAAAUAUUUCUUCAGAUGCUUUGGUGCAUCCUACCAAUUCUGCUAUAGCAAUGAUGGGUGAAGUUGGGCAAGCACUAGAAAAAAAAGGAGGCAAAGAAUUCAUGCAGGAAAUCCAUGAGUUGCGCUCAAACCAAGGAAGCUUGGAUUCAACAAAUGCUGCCAUUUGUGCUGGGCACAAUUUUCCUGCAAAAUGGGUAAUUCAUGUAAACGGUCCAGCAUGGAAUGAGGUGGACUCGACUGAAAAGUUGGAGAAGACUGUUAAGAACUGCCUUACAUUAGCUGAUCAGAAAAACCUGAAGUCAAUUGCAAUACCAGCAAUUGGAAGUGGCAGAGCUGGCUUUCCCAAACAGUUGGCAGCGCAGACCAUCUUGAAAGCUAUCAGCAACUACUUUGUAAAUGUGAUGUCUUCAUCAUUGAAGCAAAUCUACUUUGUUCUACUUGACAUGGAAAGCAUUGGCAUUUAUGCAGCUGAAUUAGCAAAACUUGAUUCAUAGAAGUCUUUCCUGGCAUGCUACAACAUACUUAGUGUGGUGGACACAGAGAUCCUCACAUACAGUCUUCUUGGUUAAUGGAAACCAAAAAGGUUUAAUUCUUAUUUUUACUACCUGAAGUGUUUGUAAAUGAAUGUUAAAACAUGUAUGCUGUGGACUAAAGCAGGAUGUGAAGUGGACACUUUAUAAUGAAAGUUGGUUAUUGUAGAAUUGCGUGCUUGAAGAGUGCUUGUGGAACAAAAAGGUGAGUAUUGUUAUCCUGUAUGCACAAUCUGUGGCUUCUGGUAUACUAAUUGCCUGAUUUUGGUAUCUUAUUCAUUGCCACAGUUACAGGCACUCAGGGUUAAAGAGUUUUAAAUGUUGUGAAUCAUAGGAAGUAAAAUUGAGGUGACAGGAUGUAAUGAAAUAGUGCGAAAAUAAAACCAUAUGUGUUCUCAACAUGUUGCAAAUCUGUAUGAAUGUAUUUUAUAGUAACAGGUACCAUAUAGAAUGGACACUUAUCUAAACAUUAUGUAUAAGCAAAGAUUUUAAAACAUGUGUAAAACUGCAAUUGUGUUGAAGUGCCUUACUUUUAGGUACAGGCAAUAAACACACUACAGGAUAUUAUGAAUUUUGUAUUUGUAUUUUGCAGAUUUUGUUUAGCCAGAUUUUUUGUGUUAUAGCAUUUUUAGUGGUAGCACAGUUUGCAUUGUUAUAGCAACUGUUUUUGACAAGUCAUCCAUUUGUAAAAGAAAAAAAAAUAAUACAUGCUAAUCAGCAUGUCAUAUAAUUCUGGACUUCUCAGUAUUCUUAUACAGAGUAAUUUCAUAAUGGCAAAAUAUGUGAAGUAUUUGUAUUCUGGGUGACAACUUUUUGAGAGUAAUUUAUUACUUCUGUUUUAUGCGAACAGAUUUUUUAAUAUAAAAGUGUACAAAAUUUUCAGAACAAUGAGGUGUUUGUUUUAUAUUUUGUCUAUAAAUGUGAAGUUCGGAUUACAAAAUUUAUCAAGAUUAAUAUAAAAAGUCAUAGUUAGCACUAUGGCUAUUGCAUAGUAUCUCGUUAUUAGGUGUAAUAAAUUUUAUUGUUUUGUUACAGUAUAAUUGAAGUUACUGCAUUUAGUUUGUGUGUUACGCAAUUUUAGGGUAACUUGGAAGUCCUUGCAUUCCUGAAAUCAUUGAAGAGGAGACAGCUAUUCCAAACAGUUCCAUGCAUGACCACUUGAAAUCAAUUUAUGUCAUUGAUAAAUUUUACAAUCCCUAGUCUUCAGGUUUUUAGUUUUUUCCAUCCUUAUAAUUUGAUUAAACGGGAAGAAAGGAUGAUUAAUUGCACAAGAAAGAAUGGCGAGCUACAGAAAAGAACUAUUUCCGUUAAAUUUGAAAAUUAUUUUCAGUUCAAAAUUGAAGCCUUAAAGCAAUUAACAACCAUUAAUGUAUUUAUUUUUGAGUGCUCAUAGUAUAUUCCAUUCAUUUGUAGAACCUAUGAGACAGUUUCUAUCCCCACUUUACCACUAUAGACACACGAUGUAAUUUGCUAUCAGUAAGUCAUGAUUGAUAAUUACCCCCCCCCCUCCCUACUCACAUACACUUACACACACACACACACACACACACACACACACACGUGAAUUAAGUGUUCAAAUUAUUUUUCAUGUAGUUUUUUUUUCUACUUUAAGAGUGAGUUGUUUGUUAUAAAAGUUUGCAAUCCAUUAUUUUAUUUUUUGACUGUAGGGCUCAUUAGCUUAUGGUUCUUGUGAUUAUUUUGUUCUGUUGAGAACCUCAUCCAGUAACUUUUCCCACUUGUGCAAGUCAUAUCCAAAAUAUCAAAAGAAAAGCCAGUGUCUCAUAGAGAUUAAUUUAUAUAUACUCUUGUUCAUUUUAUGUUCUAUAUCUGGUUUCAUGUCAAGUACCUUUAAGACACUUACAGGUCCCAAGGAAUGGUAAUCUGUAUUUGUUUUGGGUUGACAUGGACUGUGUUAUUGUGUUCUCUAUUUGUUACUUGUAUAUUUGUUCUUAUUUUCAAAGCAUUCUUUUUUUUAUGCACUCUGUACUGGAGUGUGCUUCAAAAUGCAUCUUUGUAAUAAAUAUAAAUUUGAGUGAGCUUAAAUCCAGAUAUUUAUUGUUCACUGUUACUCUCAACAACUUAGUGUAAUUUGCAAAAGACACUCCUUACUCUGUGUGCAUGGCAUAUCUUUAGAUAACUUGACAGUGAAAACUAAUAGUACAGGUUUGAGUGUUAGUCCAGUAUACAGUUUUAUCUGUUGCAAAGCUGCAUGUAUCUAGUUAGUAAAAUUUUAAGACAUACAAAGAAAAAAUGAAUAUAUUUAAUAAAUAUUUUAGAACUGUGUUUCAGUAAUCUGCGAGUAAAUUCAAGCAUCAUAGCAACUUUUUUUCUGUAGUGCACUAUUAGCAUUGCCUAUUUUGCUAGUAUUGAAAUGGAAUUCUAUAUUUGGUGUAUACAUUUCAUUAAAUUUUGCACCAUUGAGGGAGUUGACAGUGUCAAUACGUAAUACAUAGUUGUUUGCUUAUGUUAUAAACAUAUGUCAUACAAACUCAUGAAGAUAAUGUCAAUUUUAAACUCUGAUACUCUUUGGUCUUUUUAGGAAUGCAAAAUCUGGCAAGUGAAAGUGACGCAUACGGGUCCAGUGUAUCCUUAAGAAUGAGACUGUCACUGGAUUCCCAAUUCUUGUAAUAAAUUGAUUAUUAAUUUAAUAUUGAAAUUAACUGCUCCUGAUAGAGUAAAUCAAUUAUUCAUAUUUAUCUAUUCUCUAUAAUGGAAGUAGUUUGUCAAAAAAUGUUAAAAUUUCUUGUCUACAAAGGUAAAUACGUAAAAUCAGAAGAAAAAAAUUAGGUGCCAAGAAAAAGUGGUUUUAAUUCCACAGAGUUUUUUAGUAAACAGCACUGAUCUCAUAGAAAAAUAUCACUGGAGUUUAGUUUAAUAAAAUGGGAGAGUAGCUUCAUAAGACUAUUCCAGUUAUAGAAAUAUGGUGGAAUUAAGAACACUUUGAAGGCCUUAUUAUAAUGUUACUGGCUGUACAACGAAGAGAAAUACACUUAUCUUCAACGCAUGCCAUUGCAAGUUUCAGUGAGCAGUCACGAAGUCAACUUUGGCAAUUACACAAACCAUAUUAGUCUUCUACUAACAACUUCAUCCACAACUUAUGUGACAAUUGGUACAGUCCCACCCCUCGCAUUAAAAACAGCAUUGUUGAUAAUGCAGACCUUUUAAAGAAUUGGAUUAAAAGAUUUUCGAUCUGUUAAUAAGUAUAAUUCUUAUAUUCUGCAGCCAAAAAUAAUGUAAAAAAUUUCCUUUGCUCUUGCUUUGUAUUUGUUAUUCAUUGAAAACCAUGUUUGAAUGGAGAAGAAAAGUCAGCUGUUGUCCUCAAUAUCACUUUAGACUGACAAAUUUUUGUUUGGCGUGCCCCUCCCCCUCGCCCCAUGACCCCACAGAGAAAAGCCCACUCUAUAUAUUUUUCCACCUCCCUCCUCCACCCACUCACUGAUGUAUGGGAGUGGGAAUAAUAAACGAUUGUGAGCUUAGUAUAGCAAAGAUGUAAAUACGUGUAAGAAUGUUGUGUACUUGCAUUUUGAAAGAAGUUUAAUACAGUGAAGUGAACUGGCUGCUUGCCUUAUGAUUGUGGUAGUGAAAUCAGAAAUGAAAGUGGCAUUAAAUUUCUUUUCACUGUUGUGACCACCCAAUGCACUGUAAUAAGAUUUGUUGUUAUGUUGGAUAAUACAAUUUUUGAAUAAAAGUGCUUUAAAUCUCAUCAGUAUUUCCCUCCACAAAAUGUUCACCUGGACUGUCCAUUAUUCAACAAAUUGCUAUAUACAUUUCUCAUAUCUGAAUCUGUAAAAUAAUUAGCUUCACUUGCUGCUUAGAGAAAUGCAAAAAUGUAUUGUCCAGUAUAAAUAUCAUACAUGUAUUUUAUCAGUGUAAGGAAAAGAUAGAUUGCUACUUACUGUAAAGAUAAAACAUGUUAAGUUGCAGAGAGGCACAAUUAAAAGACACUUACACAAGAUCUUUCAGCCAGAGCCUUCAUCAUAUAUAUAUAAAAGAAACACCACGCCAUUCAUUCACACAAGCGAGCACACCUCAUGCACACACAACCGCCAACCUCAGGCAGCUUGGAUCAGAAAGGCAUUCCGGUUCGAGCUGCUGGAGUCUGUGGUCAUAUGUGCAUGAGGUGUGGUUGCUUGUGUGAUUGAAUGGUGUAUGUUUCUCUUUCUUUUUCUAAUGAAGGCUGUGACCGAAAACUAAUGUGUAAGUGUUUUAAUUGUGCUUGUCUGCAAUUUAACGUGUCAUCUUAAUGGUAAGUAGCAAUGUAUCUGUUCCUUACAUUGUUGAUAUUCUAGCCUGGAGUUUCUAUAGUUUGUUCCAUGUGUUUUGUUGCAUCUUUAGUUUAAGAUAACUCGUACACUGACUCAGCUACUAAAAUCUUGCUGAACUUAGUUGUUCUGUCACCAGGCAUACAUAUUGGCAUCUACCAAAUUGUUUUGUGAACUGUUUGUAACUCUUUAACUGUGGUGUGUUUCUCUGUCUUGUCUUUCAUUCCUGAUGUUGAUUUAGCCCUUGUUUGGCAAAGAAUGUUGGGUUACAUAGUUCUAAAAAAUGCACUUGUCAUUAUCUUUGAAACUUCCUCUGGUCUGGCAUCUUUCAACCCUUCUCUUGUCAUUAUUCUACUGUUGGUCCAUUGAAAUGACAUUUCUUUUGCAUCGCAUUUGUUGUUAUGUUGCACUUUGACAGUGAGGUAUUUAGUGUACAAAAUGAUUUUAAGUAAUUCUGUCACUAGUUUUAGUGCUGACUUGUGCAUACAAUUAAACUCAGUAAAUACGCGCCUCUUUCUCUUACCAUAUGACUUCUAUUGUUGUUUGGUGUUCAGUUUCAUGUAAGUCGAAUAAGCUAGUCAUAUUUUGAAAGAUUUUAUUACAUUCUACUUGAUUAGUGAGCCACAGAGCUAUUUAGUGCUUAUUCUUUUUUUUUUAUCAUUGCUGCCAUUCUAUGAGAGAAUGUAUCUUUGUCUGCCAUAAGUGACAAAUUUACUGGUCAUUUAAACACUAGUUAAUUUUAAUUUUAUGAUUUUUGUGUGUUAAAAAUGCUUUAAAUUUUUAUAAGACUGUUGAGAUGUUCAGAUUUUAUGUAACCUGGAUCUUUCUUUAUGUGUUGAAUUAAGCUAGAAAAAAAGCUGCUGAUCUUUAGUGUGUAAUGUAGCUCUACAGUAACUUGUGCAGGCAUACAUGAGAUCUAUGAUUUGAUGCAAAUACAUUUGCCUUCUUCUUUAUGUACAUAAGAAUUGAGAUCAAUGAAAUAUACAUCAUAAAAAUUCCAUAGAAACAUAACUUGUAUUAGAUAGGAUGCCACAAUUGUCUUUUUAGUGAUGUAUUGUAAAGUGUAACUUUCUUAUGUUUUGACUGUUUAAUGAUGCAUCUACAUUGUAGUGGUGUAGUUUGUUCUCAACAUGCUGAACAAAUUCUCAGGGGUUGUGGAAGACAAUGGAGCAAGCUCUGCACACCAGCUCCACAGCACGUUGGCAGCCGAGCAGGAGAGAUAGUGCCGGGGGAAUAAGCUCUGCUUUUAUCAAGCAGCACCAGCACUGCAUGUAUAUUCACUAGUUUCGAUGGCACAGCAUGACAAUCACUUUGUAACAGCAACAGUACACACAGGUACUGUAUUGUUAGAUCACCAAUGUUGACAGCAACCAGACACAAAACACUUGUAUCCUGAAGUCAACCAAAUUCUGCUGGUUUCAGCCGAUCUAGAACAGGAUGUUGUGAACAAACAGUAGAUGUUUUUGUAAUCAGUUUUCUUGUAAUAACAAAGUUUUGUAAACCUUUUAUUCUGUGGUACACUUUUCCAGCAUUAAUGUUUAUGGUAAAGUAAAACAUCAACAAUUUGUAAGCAGUAUGAGUUUACUCACUCAACAUAAGCAUGCGUAGCCAUAGUGUGUGCUCAUAUUUCACACUCAGACACAAAUAAAUUCUUAGUUUUAUAGCUGGACAUGCAACCGUAUAAAGCAAAUGAAUAAUUAAUAGACAGAGACUAAAAAAAAAAACCUCGUUUGCUGCAAAAUAUUGGAAAGGUUUUUAUAAUGAAUCGUUGGAAAUGAACUAGGAAAUACUGCAUAACUGUUACCAGACAUUGAAAUUGCUUUUGAAUUAAUAUGUUCUGCUUUUGUAGCUUAUUGCCUUCGCAUACAGUGAACCAUAUAAUUGAGAUAAUUCAUAUCACUCAUAAACAAUUGAGUAACAAAAUGUAACUGGCUUUUAUUAGUGCUAAAUGUUUUUGCAUUAUUCAGAGUUCUGGCUUUUUAGUGGCUUAGGUGCUACUAUUAUUACAAUUUUUCAGUUUUUUAUAUGAAUAUUUGCUAUCAGUGAUUUGGAUAACCUUCAUUUCCUGAGAAUCUUUUAAAUGACUGCCAGCAUAAGGAGGUACUAUUCCAAGGAACGAGUGGUGUAUUGUUAAGUGUUUGAUUAUAUACAUUUGAUUUUAGGCAGUAGCUAUGAACCUUGUGUUAAUUUCUUUCUUCUUUUUAAUCUUCAUCAUUACUUCAGCUGAGUUCAUUACAUUGCCUUCAUGAGGAAAUGUCUGACAUUAUCAUUGGAUUAUGCUUUUAUGAAUUUAUUUAGUACUGUAAUUAUUAAAUUUUUGAUUCUGCUUUGGAGGACAACCAUGACUGUAAAAAUACAGUUAAAUAAUUAUUCUUGUAAAAACACUAUUUUAUCAUUGCUGAGGGAAUUGUAAUCAGUGCGGCGAUAAUGUAAAAAUAACUGCAUACUGUCUGUAAAUAAUAUUUCAAUGUAAGUGGAUGCAAUGUUACUAGUAUCUUGAUAAAGAUAGUAAAGUUUUGCAGUGUGGGAAUAAAAUUGGCCUUCUUAGCUGGAGGAGAGAGUGAGUAAAGAAAAUAAAGAAUUAGUUGUACUCUAGAAAAGGUGCUAGAUAAAGGAAGGGGAAGUGGGAUAAAUAGAUGUUACUCUGAAUAAUAAAAAAAUAUUUGAUGUGUGGGGGAGGGAAGUUAUGGAAUUAAAUGAUAAUAAAGUAAUCAAAAUCCUUGCUAAUGCUUUGCCCUUUUUUUUCCUGAGGCCAUGUGUUAAAUUUAAAAAUAAUUUUCUGUACUGCUCCAUCUGAAUAAAUUAUGACUGUAGGCUGUAAAAUAAAUGUAGCUGACGAUUUUUGUCAUCAAUGAACAUGUUAGUUUCUGAUUUUGAAAGUGUUCUGCAACCCUUGAUUUAUGUAAAAUGGGAGCCAGGCGCUAACAUCCAAUAUAUCAGGUCAGAUCACAGCAUAUUGUAUCCUUCUAUUUUAUGACCACAAUUUUCAAGAAAAUAUGUUUUGCAAAUCCAGCUAAGUAAUUCCUGGAAUGCUACUUUCAUUUAAUGUGUAAUGUAGUCAGUGUCUGUCCAUACUGUCUGGUAAAUACACAACAGCAUUUUUCAAAGUAAGGAACAAAUAACACGGUUCUUACUCAUCCUUUAACUUCACAGCAUUAUGAUGUUAUAUUCUCAUUAUUGGAACAAUGCUCACAAAUGCUGCAUCAGAGUGAAAUGGCAUGAAAAUUUAAAGACAGCACACAUGUGAAUCAGAGUCAAGAGCUGCCAAAUUUGGAAAAAAUUUAACUACAUGGACGCAUCAUUACAGCGACAGGAGAUGGAGUGAGUGAUGAGCACAAUGCAGGAAAGAGUAAGUGUUGGAUUUCCUAGUAAUUGAAUCUUUACCUACACAAGAAUUAAAUUGGAGACUCUGCUAAUACUCACACACACGUGUAUCCAUGUCUGGUGGAACAUUGUAACAUAAUUCUGAAUAACACAGGCACUACAAUAUUGUAUGUGCUGCUGUUGUCUGAGAGCAACAGAUAUCUAUAAUUCUUGCUUGUAGUUGCAGUGCAAGAAAGAAACUCAGGAAGAGAAUCAGCUACAGUUCACAAGGCACUGCUGAAGUGGAGGAGAAUGCUUAUAAACAAUAAACAACUGCAUCACAUAAUGCAUGUGGAAUCAAAGGAAAUCUGAAAUUAAGAAAUACUGAGAAGGAAAGGCCAGAGGGGGCGUGGGGUGGAGGGGGGGGGGGGGGGUGAGAGAGAGAGAGAGAGAGAGAGAGAAAGUGUAUAUUUCCGAUCAACCAUCAUUUUUUCAAAUGUCUACCUUAUCUCUGUAUCGCUUUUUGUUUCUUAUGAUUCCUCUAUUUUUACUGACCACAUCAUUCAUACUUCUCAUUGGUUUCAUCCUUCAUUCAGCUAUUUUGUUAUUUCGUUUGAAAACAGACACAUACAAACCCAAAAGUUACUUCAUUAUACCACUUCUUGUAUUCGUUCUCUGUUGUUGUAUUCAGUUCUCAUCACAGUUACUUUGUAAAUAUUUUCUCUUUAGAUACAAGGAAGUGAAGCUGCAUGUAUUUAGUGUUGCAUUGCCAGUCCAGAAAAUUAAUUCUAAAUCUGUUCAGGUGUUAUAAUUGUAAACCAACAGCUGGUACCUGUAGCACUCUUGAGUAUCACUUGUGAUACAGUGUUUUUCUGUCAGCUAGAUAAGUAUAAUUUUGUAUCAGUUACUGCAUUUGUGUAUACAAUGAAUUAUUAAAUUAUUCAAUGUUAGGAAAUGAGUUGUCAUUCCAAGAUAAUAAAAAAAAAAUUUUUUUUUUCAUAUUACAUAAACCAGAAAAUAUAAUCAACUGAAAGCAUUAUUCUUUGCAAAGUAGUUCAUCCAUUUAUGAUUAUUUCUAAAUUUCAUUGGAUUUUCAGAAACUAUAAAUAUCACUUGUCUUCCUGAUCUAACAGAGGUAACAGAUACCUAUGAUUGCUCUACAGCAAGCUUGGUGAAGUGAAGUCCUGGUGAAGAUCCUGGACUCAUAUUUGGGAGGGUGUAAGAUUCUUGUCCAGUUAUCCAGAUUUAGCUUUUCUAUUGUUUUCCUAAAUGGUUUAAGGCAAGUGUCAGGAUGAUUCAUCUGAAAAGGACACAGCCAGUUUUCUUCCGAAAUGUAAGCUUAUGUUCUGUUUCUAAUGAUGUCAUCAUAGAUGGGAAGUUAAAGCUUGAUAUUCAUAUUCCUUCUUUUUUGUUGUACUUUUGGACAAUAUGAAGUUAAAUCCCCUCCCUUAGUUUCAUUCCAAAUAUCAUACAUUUUCACAUUCUCUUUGUACUAAAAUGUUUACGUUGAAGGCAAACACAAUGCAAUAGCACUGACAAGCUUGUCAUGGGGUGCCCCAAUAAGAGAUCCCCAUUAUCACUGCCCAUAUCACAUAAUGUUGUUGCUCCUGACUUGUGAUAGGACUGCUUUGUAUUUCAGAUAAAGAAUUGGUUUUCCUGAGUGAUCUCACGUCUAUCAAUGCCUAAUAGUAAUUUUUUAUGCAAAUAAUAUCCACUCUGCCGUCUCUGUCUUUACUUGGUAACAAUUUCAGUGAAGGAGGAGUUAAGACAUGGAGCACCUAUUUGCACAUGAUAGUUGUCUGUUUCUUCCCCCUCCCCACUCUCUCUCUCUCUCUCUCUCUCUCUCUCUCUCUCUCUCUCUCUCUCUGUGUGUGUGUGUGUGUGUGUGUGUGUGUGUCAGAUAUGUUUUAUGCACCCACAUGAAUAAUUAUAUCCAGGAUUCAGAACUGACUGUAUGCUGUGGCAGUAAAAAUGAAAUCCCUGAUGAAGACUAUAAUUGCUGUUUAGUCAAGAAGCUUUAAUACUUCAGAAUUGGCAAAUAGUUCAGAAACACAAACACUGCCAUUGAUUCACCACGAGUUUUGGUGCAAAUAGUAGUAAAGGCAAAACUCUUUCAUUACUUACGUCAGUAUUUUCAUAUAGAUACUAUGGUCAAUACUACAUAUCAACUAGACUUUUAUUCUGAAAGCAAGAUACAUCUUUCUUUCUUUUUUCAUGUUGAGUCAGUUUCAUAGCUGGACAGAUCAACCAAGAGAGUAGUCACGAUAUUACUAAAGUGACCACUAAUAUGAGAAUUUUGGUCAUUUUUGUUAAUAACUAUGUUAACAAACAAUAAUCAAUAAUUCUUUUUCUUCUAGGAAAGUGAUUUCAAUUGAUACAAGGUUUUCCGGGAUAGUGGUAGAUGUAACUAUCUGAAUUUGCUACAACAUGCUUUCAUGAGUAUUGUUAUUUUCAAGUUUAUGGUUCGUGCUAUUUUAGUAUUUGUAAAAUUUCAGUUCAGUUUUAAUGUGGGAAAAUAAGACAAAAAAUCGUGGUAAAAUGUGAAAUUUGAACAAUGAGUUUUACAGACUUCAAAGUAGAUGUCAACUAGUCAUGUACUGUAUGUUGCUUGUGCUGUGCUUCUGUAAAGCGUGAAUUUUGUCUCUGUGUUUGGUGUUCAACAGACUAUUUGUGGAAGAUACACAAAUAUCAGCUAUAGUAAUGUCGCGUUAUAUAUUUUAGUGUGACUGGCUGAAUAAGUAGUGUUUUGAGGACAUAAUUUUAUUAAUGCAACCAUAUCAUAAAAAUUUUAAAUACAGCUGUUUCUUCCAAGAGAUUUCCCUUAAUCUAUUGUUUUUAAUUGUGUAAUAAUCCAUCAACUGUUUUGUCAGUUUAUUCUGUAUUUUCUUCGGUCAGUAGCUGUUAUAAUGCAAUUUGCCUCACUGUGUUACAAAAAUGGUAUUGUAAACUUUUUGUAAAUUGUUUUCAGAUUUUGCAGUGUGAACAUAGCAAAACUCUACACUGUGCAAAAAAAAAAUCCAUUGUGAUGAAAAGACAUAGCUCCUUGAAUGUUGUUCUGGAUGCUACAUGUGUUCGUGUCAUACUGAAAUAUACAAGUUUCAACUGUA